AUGCUUGAACUUGCUCAAAGUUUAAUAUUGAAUGAAGAAGCACUUAAUAGUUUACCAGAAAAUAAGCGACCUGUAUUUAUUUAUGAAUGGCUUUGUUUUUUAAAUAAAGUACUUGUUGCUGCUCAAAAGAAUGAUAUUCGUGAAUGUCAACCACGUAUUGUUGAACAACUUAUGCAACAAGUUCAAUAUGCACCUGGUCCACCAAUACGAACAUUAAUAGGUCGAAAUUUAGCAACAUUAUUUAGUGUUGGAGAUCCAUUUCCAUUAUUUAAUACAAUUAAUCGUUGUAAUGAUACAUUAAAAUCAAAAGAUGAAACUGCUAAAUUAGCUACUGUUGUUGUUAUUGGUGCACUUUAUGAACGUCUUGGUCGAUUAGUUGGUCGUUCAUAUGAAGAAACUGUUCAAUUGUUACUUAAAACAUUAAAAAAUGGUGAUUCUCAAAUGCGUUUUGAAAUUAUGUUUACAUUUGAACGUAUUAUUAAUGGACUUGGUUCAGCUGGUAAUAAUAUUCAUCGAGAAAUAUUUAAAGUUGCUAAAACUUAUAUAUGUGAUCGAGCAAUGCCUGUUCGUUCAGCUGCUGCAAUGUGUCUUAUUGCAUUAAUUAAUCAAAAUAAUUUUAUGUAUACAAAUGAAUUAGAAGGAAAUGUAACAUUAGGUUUUCGUGCACUUGAUGGUUCAAAUUAUGAAGUACGUUGUUCAAUAGCAAAAUAUUUAGCAGCAUUAUUAGCUGCAACACAAGAAACAACUUUAAAUCAAAAUCAAAAUACAAUGAAUAAAUCGAAUGUUAAUGUAACAAAUAUGAAAAAAAUUAAAACAGAAGAUUUAUUAAAUUAUUUAGCUAGUGGAUUUUUACGUGGAAAUAUUGGAUUUUUAAAAUCAAAUACAACUGAACGUAUUAAAGGACCAACAACAGUUCAACGUGAAAUACGUAUUGGUGUUACUCAUACUUAUGUUGAAUUAGCUCUUGUAUUUGGUACAUCAUGGAUUGAACAAAAUUUAUCUUUAUUUAUAAAUCAUAUACUUGAAUUAGCUGGAAAUCCACGUGCAUCAACAUCACAUGUUGAUGCUGUUUAUUCACGUAAAUGUAUUACAUUUAUACUUCGUUCAGUUAUUGGUUCACGUCUUGGUGAAAAAGCACAAUUUGCUGCUGCAAAAGAAUAUGCAACAAUUAUAACACGUUAUACAACACCACAAUUAAUAACAAAUAAUAUAAAUUCAUCAACAAAUGAUUUACAAAUGUCAACUGGUUCAUCAUCACUUAAUUCAAGUACAAAUUCAAUGGUACAAUCAUAUGUAUCAUCAUCAACAAAUACAUUUGAAUCAUCAUCAUCAUCAUCAUCAUCAUUAAAUAAUGAAUAUAUACAACAUAUACUUAUAUGUGCUUUACAUGAACUUAGUUUACUUGUACAAAGUCUUGGAACAUCAACAUCAUUAUUAUUACAAGAUAGUUGUAAUGGUUUAGUUGAUACACUUUUUUUAGUUAUACUUAAUCCAUCACAUAGUGUAAGAUUAUCAGCUGCAUGGUGUCUACGUUCGAUAACAACAGCAUUACCAUCACUUAUGACACCAUUAAUUGAUCGUUGUCUAGAUAAAAUGAAAACUUUAGCAAAACAAACAACUUCUUAUAAUACAGAUGCUAUGUCAGGUUUUGCACUUGCUUUACAAGCAUUACUUGGAGCUGUUUAUCGAUGUCCAUUAGGUAUUCCAUCACAACGUGCUAAAACAAUAUUUGAUUUUGCUGAUGAUCUUCUUCGUACAGCAACAACAUCAAUAGCUGGUCAACAACAAUCAUUAGUACCACGUGUUAUAUUACAACGUACACAUACAGCAUGGCAUUUACUUGCUGCAUGUUGUACACUUGGACAACAGAUUAUAAAAAAAUUUGUACCACGUUUAGUUCUUCUAUGGCGUAAUGUAUUUCCACGAUCACAAACUGAUUUUGAACAAGAAAAACAACGUGGUGAUUCAUUUACAUGGACAUUAUCAUUUAAUCAACGUUCAGGUGCACUUUGUUCAAUGAUAUCAUUUUUAAAUAAUUGUUCAACAGGUGAUGAUCAAUUAAUAACAGAUGAUUUACUUAAACGUAUGUUAAAUCCAAUUGAAAAUGCAAUACUUGUUCUAUUACAUAUACCAAAUUUAAUAAAACAAUUUGGUCCACAAUUAAAAGCAUCAACAGCUAUGUUUCGUUUACGUUUAUAUGAACUUCUUUUACUUAUACCAAUUAAAUUUUAUGAACAACAUUUUAAAGUUUUAUUACGAGAAUUAGUUGCUGAAUUUACAUUAACUGAUAAUUCAUCAAAUACAACAACAUCUUUACUUCGAUCUGUUUGUCAUGAUAAUGAUAGUGUUUUACUUGGUAAUUGGCUUCAAGAAACUGAUUAUCAAAUGAUUGAAGAACAACUUCAACCAAAUUCUGCUAGUGGUUCAGGUGCACUUGAACAUGAUGAAACAUAUCUUUAUCGUCGUGAUACAUCAUUAAUAUCUUUUAAUAUAAUAAAUUAUCUUUAUCGUUCAUCAUCAACAACAGAUAAUAAUUCAAGUAAUGCAUAUUAUUCACGUCCAGCUGAAUUAAAUAUACCUGGUCCAUUACCAUUAGGUGUUGCUGUUAUUGAUGCAUCAAUACUUCUUUAUGGUACAAUGUUUGUACGUGUACCAAAUAAACAUCGUUUAAAUAUGUUACAACAUUUUAUUGAUAUAAUUAAACAAUCAAAAGGUAUAAGACAAGAAGCUGUACAAGUAAAUAUAUUUACAGCUGUUUUAACAUCAUUAAAAACAAUAGCUGAAACAAAACAAUCAUCAUCAAUGGAUGAUGAAAAUGUUAAAAAAUGUGCAUGUACACUUGUUAUGCAAACAUUAAGUCAUCAAAAUCCAAUAUUACGUUGUGCAGCUGGUGAAGCACUUGGCCGUUUAACACAAGUUGUUAGUGAUGGACGUUUUGUUGCUGAUAUAGCACAAAUAUGUUUUGAUCGUCUUAAAGAAUUUCGUGAUAUACCAUCACGUACAGGUUAUUCAUUAGCACUUGGUUGUUUACAUCGUUAUGUUGGUGGUAUGAGUACAGGACAAUAUUUAAAUUUAUCUAUAUCAAUACUUCUUGCACUUGCACAAGAUCAAUCAGCAUCAAUUGUACAAGUAUGGGCAUUACAUGCAUUAGCAUUAAUUGCUGAUUGUGGUGGACAAAUGUUUCGUUCAUAUGUUGAACCAAGUUUAGCACUUAUAUUACAUCUACUUCUUUCAAUACCACCAUCACAAUCUGAUGUAUUUCAAUGUUGUGGUCGUUUACUUGGUGCUUUAAUUAUAACAAUUGGUCCUGAACUUCAAACAAAUACAAAUUAUAUAUCAAUAUUACGUUCAUCAUGUUUAACAGCAUGUAGUCUUUUACAAAUGCAUAUUGAACCAAUUGUUCAAGCUGAAGCUAUACAAGCAUUACAACAAUUACAUUUAUUUGCACCACGUCAUGUUAAUUUAUCAAAUUUAGUACCAGAAUUAAUUAAAGCAUUAAAAUGUCGAGAUCUAUCAUUAAGACGUGCAUGUGUUUCAUGUUUAAGACAAUUAUCACAACGUGAAGCUAAAGAAGUUAGUGAACAUGCUAAAUUAUUUAUGAAAGAUAAAGCACAAGAUUUAACAAUUGGUCUUUCAGAAUUUCGAAGUCUUGAAGAAUUACUUUUUUCUAUGCUUGAUACAGAAACAGAUGCAAAAUUAUGUUCAAAUGUACAAGAUACACUUGUUUAUAUGCUUCAAGCAUUAGGUGCAAAUAAUUUAACACAUUGGUUACAAUUAUGUAAAGAUGUUCUUGCUGCUACAACAGAAACAUCUGGUAUGGGAACAAAUUCUGAAACUGAUCAACAACAACAACAACAACAAACUUCAAGUUCAACAACAACAGCAACAUCAUCGUAUUCAAAAACAUCUUCACGUAUUAAUACUGAUGAUGAUGAAGAUAGUUUUGGUCUUCAGGAUGAUGAUAAUGAUUAUGCUGAUACAGGUGGUGAUGAACAAUUACAUACAUCUAAUAAUCAAAAUACAAUACGUCGUGCAACAUCAUCAGCUAAAUGGCCAACAAAAGUAUUUGCAGCUGAUUGUGUACAAAAAUUAAUAAUUUAUUGUGAACAAACAACAUCAUCAAAUUUACAUUUUAAUUAUAUAUUAGCUAAAGAACGUCGUCGUACAUAUCCAAAUGAAGAUUAUCUUGUUAUACAUUUAAAUACAUUAAUUACAUUUUCAUUUAUGUCAUGUACAUCAACAAGUGAUCAAUUACGUUUAUCAGGUUUAUCAUUACUUAAACAAAUAAUAUUAAAAUUUUCAAAUAUACAAGAAGAUAUUGAUUUACCAGAUCAUGUUAUCCUUGAACAAUAUCAAGCACAAGUUGGUGCUGCAUUACGACCAGCUUUUUCACAAGAUACAUCAUCACAUGUAACAGCACAAGCAUGUGAUGUAUGUAGUACAUGGAUAUCAAGUGGUGUUGCACAUGAUUUAAAUGAUUUAAGACGUGUACAUCAAUUACUUGUAUCAUCAUUACAAAAAUUUACAUCAAUACAACAACAUAAAAAUGAUAUAUCAAUGAUUUAUAGUGAAAAUGCAUUAACAAUUGAAAAUUUAGCUGUAUUACGUGCAUGGGCUGAUGUUUAUAAUGUUGCAACAAUACGACAAAAUGAAGAAAAAAAUAAUCCAAAUAGUAAUUUAUUAAUACUUGUACAACCAGAAUUAAAUGUUCUUAUACAUCAUUGGCUUGCAGCAUUAACAGAUUAUGCUUUUUUAAUUUUACCAAAUGAAUUUGGUGGUAAUAAUAUUGAUGAAAAUUUAAAUGGUGGAAAUUUUUAUUCAGCUGAAUCAAAUAUUGAUUUAACACGUACAAUAUAUAAAGCUAAUUGGUCUUCAAUUAUGCAAGCAACAACACAAUGGCUUAGUGAACAUCAUUAUGAACUUGAAACAUUAGCUGCUAAUCAAAAACAUAUUGGUUAUAGACAACGAGAUAUAUUAAUGACAAAAUUUAUAACAUCAACAUUAUCAAAUAAAAUACGAACAUUUCCAGAAAAAAAAGAAGAUAUUUUUUUUAUGUUAUUAGGUUGUUGUAUUGAAGCACUUUCAAUAUCAAUAUCGGAACAAACAGAAGAAAAUAUUGAAUCAAUUUUAUCUUCAUUAAUUAAUUUACUUCAAUCAGAUAUAGCUAUAAAUCAGAUAACAAUGAUUGUUUGUAUUGAAAUACUUAAUGUUUUACAACGUCUUCAUUUUGUUCGUACUGAUAUAAAAACUCAUUUACAUAUAUUAAAAAUCGUUGAUAAAAUUUUUCAUAUUAUUCCAUCAUGUACACAAAUAAUAACAAAUGUUAAUGAAGAUCAUCUUAUACCAGGCGAAUCAUUUUUAUUUGCAUCAUUAGAAUUACUUGUUUGUGUUCUAUUAAGUUAUUAUCCAAAUAUAGCUGGUGAUUUACAAUUAGGUACAAUAUUUCAAAUGAAAUUAUCUAUGAAAACAAAUUCAGAUAAUCAAAAAAUUAAUGAAUUAAUUUUAUUAAAUAUUAAACUUCUUAGUGAACUUAUUACAUUAUCAACGACAAAUGAAAGUCUUCAAGCAUUAAUACCAGUUAUUCUUCAUUUAUUAUUAUCAAUAAGUUUUGUACUUCUUUCAACAAAAACUGAUGAUCAAAAACAAUUAUUAUCAACUAUAAGUCAAUUUAUUGAAAAUAUUUUUUCAACAAAUAUUGAUAAAAAUAUUUUAUAUUGUACAAUAAUUACAAUUAUUAAUUUAAGAACAAAUUUAAUAAAUAAAGGUUUUUCUGAUAAUGGACAUUUUGUUCAAUGUCUUACAUCAUUAAUUAUUAAUUCAACAUCAAUUGAUUUAACAAAUGAAUGUAUAGAUUUUUAUCGAAAAGCAUUUAAUGAUGAAAAACAUGAAACUCGUAUUCGUAUAUUUCAAUGUAUUAAUCAAUUAUUUCAAUGUACAAAUAUUGCAAUACGUAAUCAAUUUAUACAAAUAUUUACACCAUUAUUAUUAAAUGAAUUAAAAAAAUAUAAUGAAGAUCAACAACAAGAAUAUAUUAUUGAAAUUUUAAAAUGUUUUGAAACACUCUUAACGAUGGUUGAUUCAACAUUACGUAUGUUAAAUUUUAGUUUAUUUUGUAUCCGUUUGGCAUCCUUAAUCAUUCCAUUAUUUAUUAAUUUUCUUCCUGAUUCCACAAUAUCUUUACAAACAAUAAAUUCUUCAAAUAUACGUUUAAUAUCUUAUAUAAUCGAACGUAUACAAUAUUUAAUUCCAAUAUAUUCAAAUGAAUUUCGUAUUAUUCUUCAAACAUUACCUGAUCUUCGAACAAAACUUGAAAAUGCUAUACGUCGACAACAACAAUUUAAACAACUUCAACAACAACAAAAAGAUGAAAAAGAAUCAUAUUAUUUAUCAAAACAUUAUAAUAUUUCAUUAAAUACAUCAUCACAAACACCUUCACUUCCACUUCGUAUUGAUUUUUCAAAUUUUAAAUCAUCAUAA